CCCCUCCCCUCUUUGCUUCGGCUCGCCUGGCUGCCUCUUCGGAACUUUGCGCCUGGCUCGCUUUUCGCUGCCAACUUUUCCCCGUCGCGACUCGACGGGAACUUCUCCUCCUCCUCCGGGCUCCCCAAAGGCGCCGCUGCGGGUAGCUCAGGCACCGCCGGAAGGGAGCCGGGCGCAGGGAAGAUGCGGCCGGGCGCAGCGCCGUGAUUACAGCGCGGGUCUCCGGGGAAGGGGUUGUACCGCCGCCGCCACCAGCCCUCCUUGCAGCUACAGCCGGAGCAACAGCAGCCGCUGCAGCAGCAGCAGCAAAGCCCAUGGACGGGAAGUUCCUCCUGCUCCUCCUCCCUUAGGAUCCCUGGGGAUCUCGCGCCGCCGCCUCCCCCCUGCUUCGCCUUUGUCUGCGGUGCUAUGAAGAGGUCUACAAUGAUAAAUGGACUUCUGAUUAUUCCUGUUCUAGUGAUGGUGUCUUUUCCUUCACCCAGCAUGGAAGAUGAAGAGCAUAAACCUACCUUGAUUAACUACGAUUGUGUGUGUGAAGGCACGUCAUGUGUGAAUGGCGACCGCUGCAGAGGCCACCAGUGCUUUGCCUCUUUGAGCAUCAACAAUGGCGCUAAAGUGUAUCAGAAGGGCUGCUUCCAAGUCUACGAACAAGGGAAAAUGACAUGUAAAACACCUCCCUCCCCUGAUCAAGCGGUCGAAUGCUGUCAGGGUAACCUGUGUAACAUGAACAUCACAGCACAGCUGCCAACGAAAGGGCACCCACUUCAAGGGGAAUCUCUGGGUUACACCACGGAAACACUUAUCAUAUUUGUCGUAGCUUCAGUUCUGGCGCUCCUGAUAUUUUCUGCAGUGACGAUGCUGAUCAUCCGAAAAGUGAAACAGUACCAUAUGGAAAGGCUCAAUUCAAGGGAUCCAGAAUAUGGAACCAUUGAGGGACUCAUAUCAUCAAACGUUGGUGACAGCACCCUGGCAGACUUGUUGGACCAUAGCUGUACAUCGGGGAGUGGCUCUGGCCUUCCUUUCCUGGUACAAAGAACGGUGGCUCGGCAGAUUACGCUGUUGGAGUGUGUGGGGAAAGGUCGAUACGGUGAGGUCUGGAGAGGACAGUGGCAAGGAGAAAAUGUUGCAGUUAAGAUAUUUUCUUCCCGAGACGAGAAGUCCUGGUUCAGGGAAACAGAAUUGUACAAUACUGUGUUGCUGAGGCAUGAAAACAUUUUAGGGUUUAUUGCCUCAGAUAUGACCUCUCGGAAUUCCAGCACUCAGUUGUGGCUAAUCACCCACUACCAUGAGAUGGGCUCUUUGUAUGACUAUCUGCAACUCACGACGCUCGACACAGUGAGCUGCCUGCGGAUAGUCUUGUCUAUAGCUAGCGGCCUUGCACAUUUGCACAUAGAGAUAUUUGGGACUCAAGGGAAACCUGCCAUUGCUCACCGAGACUUGAAGAGUAAAAAUAUCCUGGUUAAGAAAAACGGACAGUGUUGCAUAGCAGACCUAGGCCUCGCAGUCAUGCACUCCCAAAGCACCAAUCAGUUGGAUGUAGGAAACAACCCCCGUGUGGGUACCAAGCGCUACAUGGCCCCAGAAGUCUUAGAUGAAACCAUCCAAGUGGACUGCUUUGACUCUUACAAACGUGUUGAUAUCUGGGCAUUUGGACUGGUCCUUUGGGAAGUAGCCAGGCGUAUGGUGAGCAAUGGUAUUGUCGAAGACUACAAACCUCCAUUUUAUGACGUAGUGCCUAAUGACCCCAGUUUUGAAGACAUGAGAAAAGUUGUCUGUGUGGAUCAGCAGAGACCAAACAUUCCCAACAGAUGGUUUUCAGAUCCUACGUUAACUUCCCUUGCCAAGUUGAUGAAAGAAUGCUGGUACCACAAUCCAUCAGCCAGAUUAACAGCGCUGCGUAUUAAAAAGACUUUGACCAAAAUCGACAAUUCCUUAGAUAAGCUCAAAGCUGACUGUUGAUAACCAGCACCUGAUGCUGACAGGACAUCAUGGCUUGUGUCCAGCAUGGAAGAAUGGCUUGAUGAAUUCUAGGAUCCGGCCACAAGUGGCUUCAAACAUAGGCAGAGUUGUUUACCUAACCAGCCAUUGAAAAGGAAAUAGACCCAUGUGAGCCUUAAUCGGCGACUGUCCGUGGUACUUUACAAAUGGCCAAUCUGUAAAGACUUAAUGCUGAAUCUAUGGUGGCCUAUGGAAGGAAGGAAGGAAAGAAGAGAAGUCCUAAGACAAAAGUGGGGCAUUAAAACCAUGGCUUUUUUUUAUUCUUUCAUGAAAAGAAACAAAAAGGAAAGUGUCUCCUUGUCUCGCUCCCAAGUGGAAGUGGUCAAUUCGAAUCAGCAAUAUUGCCUGCGCUUCUCUUUAUUGCACUAGGGAUUCCUUGCAUUCCUUACUUGCACUGUUGCGGUUUAAUUUGAAAGACAUGACUUGCCAAAAAUAUGAUUGGCCCUGUACUCAUUGAUAUGUUUUUUUAAAUAAUAAUAAUAAUAAUAAUGGGAAAUCCAAUUUGGGAAAUUGAACUUGUAACUGACUCUUUUUAUUAUUAUUUUAAAUCUGCAUUUUACAUAUGUGUACCGUUUACAAUAAUGCUGGACGCUAGGAAUUAUUGUUUAUAAGGAAACUGCAAACUUUUAUUUAUUAUUAGUGCACUUAACAGUUUUAAAAUACUGAGGAAAGUGCGAAUAGUCAAAAGCUUAUUUUUAUGUGGCUUCUAUCAUUUAUUUCUUACAGAUGUCUUUUUUUGGGGGGGUCAACACGGUAUAACCUGAAAUGGUCCUUCUCCCUUGCCCCCCCCCUGUGUUAUCAGUUAUACACUUUAAUCACCUUUUUUAAAGUGCUUCACAUUUUAUAUGCGUGUGGUCUGUAACAUAUAUUUUUCAGUUCAAAAUAUGCGGAACAUUUAUAUAUAAAUAUAUAUAUAUCUAUAUCUAUAUCUUAAAUAUAAAGCCAUUAUCCAAAUGAUGCCACAUCUAGUACCUUAUUGAUCCUAGAGAAAGGGGAGCAGCAGAAGCAAAUGGCAGAAUGGAAGGCCAUGGAUCGUAUUAUGGGAAAGUGCAUUUUUCUUCUUCUAAGCUAUAUAUGUAAUGUGCAUAUAAACUCUACCGGGGGCGGGGAGAAAGCUAUUUUUUAAAUUUACUUCCUUUUUGUAUUUAGCAGUUAUUUGUAUAAAUGACAUAGAAUAUUUUCAAGUCACAUGGAAAGAAAAUGUCCCCUCGUUCUGUUAGUGCCUCCUGCGGCUCAAGGUAAACGCCGUAAAGUUUUGCAUCACCAGCAUAUCUCCUCCCUGCCUUUGCUGUUUCUGCAAGUCAGAAGUAGUGUCAACAAACUGGUGGUGUAGGAUAACAACCACUGGAAAACACCAGAGAGAUUCUUCAUAAAAGUGAUGCUGAUGUUGGGGUGCCGGGCAGUUGUUGUUGGGGAGGUGGGGUCCGUGCUGGAGCAAUGACCUCGCAAGGACAUUAAUUAUUGUUUGAUGAUGUAUGAACAAAUCAGAUCAUGCUUUUCUGACCGUGGUGUUUUUGUUUUUGUUCUAAAAAAUAAUAAUCUUGAGUUUCCUGAGUAAACAGUUUUCAUCUGA